AUGCAGUGCGCGCUGCGAGCCUUGCGGCAAAGCGUAGACGACAACGAGAAGGAGGAUGUGCUGGUUGGCAAUAUCAUCGAUGUUCUCAAUGAAUACACAAGGCAGUUGAAGGAAUUCAGGCACACCUGCCAGGACGCACAGAAUGCGACUCAAAGUUCCGCAGUGCAGCAAGUCGAGGCAGUGACUCUGAGCCGAGAGGCGAGAUCGAAUCUGGAGCAAGCAGCUCUUGAGCUGGGAAGCCUCGAGGUCACGCCUCAUUCGCAGGAAAAUGUCACGCUGGUGAGCUGAAGGGAAGGCAAAGCUCAGCCUGCAGCAUUGCUUCGCUAAUCACCAAAAUUUCUGCACUCGAUAUGCACAGAGCAGCAACGGUGAGCGCAACAAACCUGAUAUUGGGCUGCGAGCCACCCACCUCAAUUCCAUCUGCGAGAAUCUCGUGGACAAGGACACUAUAAUAGGAGACACAGUAUGUCAGCAUUCUUGGUUACACUACGUCGGUGUGAUCGAAGUAAAGCGCCUGACCAAGAGCGACCUCGAUAGCGAAAUGGUCGGCCAGGUGCUGAGGUACGCGGUGAGUCCAUCUACAGACCUCGCCCACCCGUCUAUCACUGAUGGGGGUCUUUCCACCGUUCCUUCACACCAUUUUGAAUCGCAGCGCCAGCUCCUGAUUGCGCACCCAUUUGCGCGUUGGGUUCACGUCGUAUCAUGGACCGGCUUGAAAGUGAGGCUUUGGCAAUUCAACGCAAACGGCGUGGUCUUAUCCCGAGCUUUGGAGGUAGGCGACAAAUCUGUGAGCUCUGAGCUGGAGCUCGAUGAGCUUGGCAAACUGCUGCAUCUCCUGCUUUCAGGAGAAGAGACCAUUCUGCCACGGUGGACGCCUGUCAAAAGUCAAGAGAUUCUUCAAGAUGCCGCGAGAAAGGCACGUCUCAGCUCAGACCACAUCCUGCGAUCUCGCAUCGUGAACGUCCGACCAGCUUUGAACGGCUCUCGCACGGUUGUCUUUGGUGCUGAAAUCAGCGACGAUUGCUCCGGCAGCUCGCAUGAGCACCGCGGCAAGUUCGUCUUCGUCAAAUGCAGCUGGCUACCAGAGCGUCUUGCCGAUCACGAGCACCAAAUACUGACCGAGCUCAGCGGCGCUAGCGGCGCGCCUCUGCCUCUCGUCUCGUUUGAGCUGGGCUGGACCACGUCCACUUCCUACACAAUCAGCGACCAGAAGCCUCCGGCGGGCAAAAAGCCUGCGUCAAAAGGCCGGGUAGCCGCAUACGCUGUGGUCUUCCUUCAGCAUCGAGGCGACCAAAUUCAUCGCAGUCUGAAACUUUCAGACAUGUCUCGUAUAUUCAGACAGCUUUCCGAGCAGCUCCAUGCCUAUGCAAAGCUCGGUUUUCACUACAGAGACCUCAACACAGGAAAUGUCCUCAUGAGGUACAAUGAGCAGCGCGAAGCUGUCCUCCUUCUUGUUGAUCACGGCAAUGUCCGCAAAUAUGGCAGCGUGCAUCGUGGCAAGGCGUCAUCCUCGGACGGCUUUCUGCCCAAGCUUGUCCAAGAUGACGCUCGGUCGGUCAACUCCUUCUUUGUCCCAUCCGGCAUGGAAAAGGCGAAGAGAGCAAGCUCCGAGUUUGGGCAUGCGCUUGACCAUGUGAGGGAAGCUCGGCGAAAUCAGGCCGCGUGCGAAAGACAUUCAGGGCUUUGGAACCAUCACGAGUCCAAAGCUGUGAAGCAGGACUUGCUUUGGAGGCACAGCUACAAGGAAUUGUUUUCGCUCACUCAUCGAUAUUGUGACGACCUAGAAUCUUCAUUCUACAUUCUGGUGUGGCUUUUGGCCAACGAAGCUGGACUGGAAGAGCUCAGCGAAGAUCUAAGGAAUCAGCACAGCAAAGAGUCAUCUUGGUCCGCGGUUGGAUUUCCUCUGGUUAGUCACUUGUUCCGUACCAUCUCGAUCUGGGGAUCGCGCGCAUGACUGAUUUGCCAAUCUCGUAUUGCUGCGGCGAAAUAGUUCUGCAAAAAGUACUUCAAAGACCUAAAUCUCAGGACAGCGCUCGAGGACCUGCACGAAGUCAUCUCGCAAACUCAGGACGAGACACGCCAAGCCUUGGCCGAAUACUACGACGCGAAAAUUCUCCAGGGGCGUAACGAUCUACCUCUGAGUGAAAUAGACAGUCGCCUGGCGAAAGUGCCCGAAAUGCCUCUCACCGAGGCUGAGGAGAGAUGCAUGUCGGAAAGUGUGCCAAACAUCUUCAGAUACAUCGAGUCCGAAGGAGCGGUGAGUGAGAGGGUCAUCUUCUGCGUAACUGCUCCCGAUUAAUGCGCGACGACUGAGAUGGACCCUUUGUCGCGUCCCCCGCUUAGAAUUGGCGCGCACAAGACUUGGCUAAAGGCAUGGCAGAGCUGGACAUCUCCUCGUCCUGGUCUUACAACUCGUCUGAUUGA